UUUUAAUUAAAACAUCGUAUGUUGAUUAUUGAUUUACAUGAAGCUGUUAUGGAAGCUUGAGAACAUUAUAAGAUACGAUUACCUACUAAAGUUAACAGUUUUGGAGUUUAAAUGUGCCCUCAGUUUUGGAAUAUCGAAAGAGACGUCUAUUUAUCGCCAUGUCGAAUAUACUAUUGAAAGUUCUGGUAACAAUAAGUGUGCUUUCUGUUCUCUUUGUAAUCACUGCUCACACAAUUCAUUAUGAUCCUGUACAGAGAGAAGAAGAAUCAAGAAGAAUAAGAGUUAAUUCAGACGAAAUUCGAACGAAUUUUAAAGAAUUUCUUAAUAAUUUUAUUGACACAUUAAAGUAUUCGAAAAUAUAUUGGAAUGUAAAAUAUACCAAUACAACAUCACGACGUUGGAACCAGUACCCUCGGGUAGAAGUAGGACCUGGUGGAUUUAAGUCUCCAAUAGUAAAUUACCCUAAAGACACCCUCAGCAAGGAUCUGAAAAAACUAUUGGAGUUAAAAAAGAAAAUGGAAACCAAACAUUCAGGGGAUUUGAAUUAAGAAAAAUGAGUUUUUUUAUUCAAGUAUUAAUUACCACCAGUAAUCACCUCCUCAAAUCUAUUUUUCUCGAGUCAAUGAAUACUAAGACAAAUAAAAAAAAGUAUGAAAAAUAUAAACAAAAUAGUCAUAAUAUAA